UCUUACCUAUCAUAUGAAGGACUCCGCUUUUAAUGCCUGGACUGGGCUGAAUGAUGUGAAUUCAGAGCACACGUUCCUUUGGACGGAUGGGCGAGGAGUUCAUUAUACAAACUGGGGCAAAGGUUAUCCUGGCGGAAGAAGGAGCAGUCUUUCCUAUGAAGAUGCUGACUGUGUGGUUAUUAUUGGAGGGAAAUCAAGGGAUGCAGGAAAAUGGAUGGAUGACACAUGUGACAGUAAACGAGGUUACAUAUGCCAGACACUUUCUGACUCUUCCUUGCCUAAUCCUCCAACAACAAUUCCAACAGAUGGCUUUAUUAAAUAUGGUGAAAGUAACUAUUCACUCAUGAAAUUAAAGUUAGAGUGGAAUGAAGCAGAGAAGUAUUGCAAGCUUCACAGUUCCCUUAUUGCUAGCAUUCUAGAUCCCUAUAGUAAUGCAUUUGCAUGGAUGCAAAUGCAAAAAUUUAAUGAACCUGUGUGGAUCGCCCUGAACAGUAACUUGACCAAUAAUGAGUAUGCUUGGACUGACAAAUGGAGGAUGAGGUACACUAACUGGGCUGCUGAUGAGCCCAGACUGAAAUCAGCAUGUGUUUAUCUGGAUCCUGAUGGCUACUGGAAGACAGCAUCUUGCAAUGAAAGUUUUUAUUUUCUCUGCAAAAGAUCAGAUGAAAUCCCUGCCACUGAACCCCCACAGCUGCCCGGCAGAUGCCCAGAGUCAGAACACACAGCUUGGAUUCCUUUCCAUGGUCACUGCUACUAUAUCGAGUCUUCAUACACAAGAAACUGGGGUCAAGCCUCUCUAGAAUGCCUCCGAAUGGGCUCCUCUUUGGUUUCCAUUGAAAGUGCUGCUGAAUCAAGUUUUCUGUCCUAUCGAGUAGAACCACUUCAAAGCAAAACCAAUUUUUGGAUAGGAUUGUUCAGAAAUGUUGAAGGAAAGUGGCUGUGGGUAAACAACAAUCCAGUCUCCUUUGUCAACUGGAACACAGGAGAUCCCUCUGGUGAACGAAAUGAUUGUGUAGCUUUAUCCGCAUCUUCUGGAUUUUGGAAUAAUAUUCACUGUUCUUCCUACAAAGGAUAUAUUUGUAAAAGACCAAAAAUUGUUGAUGCUGAACCUACUCAUACAUUAAUUACCACAAAAGCUGACCCAAGGAAGAUGGGUCCUUCCAAACCUUCUUCCAGCCUGGCAGGAGUCGUUGUCAUGGUGGUCCUCCUGAUCAUAGCGGGUGCUGGCCUCGCAGCGUAUUUCUUUUAUAAGAAAAGACGUGUGCACUUACCUCAAGAGAACACUUUUGAAAACACUCUCUAUUUUAAUAGCAGAUCAAGUCCAGGAAUGAGUGAUAUGAAAGAUCUCGUGGGCAACAUUGAACAGAAUGAACACGCAGGCAUCUAGUAUCCUAAUGUGAUUUAGAUAUAUUUGAAUCUCAUAACAUUGUAACUAAAAUGUUAAGGUCUUUAAUGCAAUGUGAUUGUUUCCUUUAAAAUUAGUACUGUAGUGAACUGGCCUGUCCUUUUUCUUUGCCUAAUUGAAGAAAUAAUUGCUCAUGUUCUAUCUGGCAAGGGAUUUUCAUAGAAGAGGGAUACGGAUACUGACUACCACUUGAAAAAAAUAGCUUAGGUGAACACACAGCACAAGAAUGCCAACUUAAAAUUUAAGCAUCACUGGUGUGUAGCCAGCAUCGACCACAUGCAGGUUAGAAGAACCCCAAAGACCUAAGCUUCCUGAAAUAGUUUAAGGAGCUCCCAAAGAAAUGUUACCUAUUGAAUUGUAAUUCGGUAAUCAGAAGACUGUUUUAAAAAUCAAGUACAAAUAACCUCAGGUGGCAUGAAAAUUUAGUCACUGUUUUCUCUUACCAAUCUUGAUUUUUACUUCAGUUAUUUAGAAUUGUAUUUGUACAUAUGCAGAAAGAAUGAGGCAGCUGAGAAUCUUGUUUUCUCUGAGCAGGGUUUUCCAGGCUGAAUCUUGCAUAUGUGUUCUUUGUCCUGUUAUAUGUAUAUCAGGAACAAAAGAUGUGAAAUAAAAAUGUAAAUUUGCAUAACUGGAUGUACUUAGAUAAUGUGAAAUAAACAUCAAAGACAAGGUCUAUUUUUAAUAUAUGUGAAUUUUGGUGAUCUUGGUAAAUGUCAAUUUUCUUUUAAGUGUGACUUAUUUAUCUAUUUACUUUGUACUUAACUUUACUCUGAAAAUAAACAAUAUGAUUAGUAGAGAAAUUCUUUAAACCCUCCAUCUAUUUGGAAAAGAUAAGUUGCUAAAACACUAGGUGAUUGUAUAAUUUCUCCAGAUCUUCCCCUGUAACACUGAUUCAAGUCAGAAUUCAACAAAGGUUCUGUUACUGAGAAUUAGGUCUCUAAAUAUCUUUUUCUCACUUUAGUAAUUAAUAAUUCAUUUUUGCAUUAAAAAUGUUGCCUUAGAUAAA